AUGCGCGUCAUCGUGGAGCCUCCUAAAAGCAUCGAAGAGAGCAAAUUGAAGCUACUGUGCGUCGUGAAGGCGAUGUUGAAGAAAAUUAAGAGGAUUGUGUUGGUUGGGGACAAGGUGCUGGUAGGGUCGAUUGAUUGGGUGGACCACCGGGGAAUGAUUAAGAAUGUAUACCAGCAGAGCUCCACGAUUCUUGACCCUCUGGUUGCGAAUGUGGACCAUAUGCUCGUGCUCUUCUCCAUGGAGCAGCCCAAGCUGGAACCGUUCGCGCUUACCAGGUUCUUGAUCGAGGCCAAGUCCAACGGAAUUCCACUCACACUCGGCCUCAACUAG